UGAUAGUUUCUGGAAAUUAAUAAAACUAUUACAUUCACUGCUUAUUCCUUAUUGCGAAGCCCUCAAUAAGCUACAGUCAGAUACUACUCGUCUUCAUGAAGUAUUACAGGCUUUCGGUGGAAUCUUGAAAAUGUGA